AAAAAGACCGAAAACUCCAUCUUAAUUGACGUCACUUUCCAUAUGUUUUAGAAAAAAUUCAAAAAAUGCUUCGGAUCUACGUUUUAGUCAUAGUUUUCUGGUCACUGUCGGCGACUAUUCCGUUAAUCUCGACUUUCUUUUACAUCUACUGCCGAUUUGUCUGUCACUGAAGAGUAUAUGGAUCUGAAUCCAGAGGUUAACAAUUGUUUUUCAAAUCCCGAAUCGUUGGUCGUUGAGUUCGGACAAUCUGCAGGAAGUGAACCUGUGGUCGAAGUGGACGACGAAGUUAUAGUCAUUGUUGGCGAUUGCGGGCCGCGGACCACAUGUUCUCCAAACGAAGAAAAUCCCCAAAAGUGGGGAAAAGUUUGAAAACAUCUGCGAAUAAAAUGCGAUUUCAUUUCUCCAAACGUUUUCACUGUUUUCUCGAACUUCGCGUCCUUUUCUGCGUGCUGGUCGUCGUCACUUCAGACGGACCCCCAAAUUCGCCGACUUUGAUUCGGCAACCUUUGGCCGGAAAUGCGAAACCGAUUUAUAUUUCGCCGGAAAUGGAUGACGUGUUAGACGACGGAAAUGACGUUCCGCACGAAGAAAUUCGCGGAACUAUUCUUAUGCCUCGCAUUCGGUUCACUUUGCGGGACGACGUCGAGGACGAAGACAUUGUUGGCAAUGAAUUCUUCGGACAACAAAAAGACAGAGGAGGAAGACGAACGGUUCGACGGAACGGAAGGCCUGUAAUCGAGGAUCCGAUGUAUUCGCAAACAAUCGAAGAAAUGAUGUCUUUUGCAAAAAUUCCGAAAUCGGAAGACACGUUCAUUGUUAUGGCUGACGAUCCCGUGGUGGCUGUCGAUGAAGUGCCAAAAUGUACGGGAAAUGGCGGAAGCGGUGGUCAAAGCGAGAAAACAGACAAAGAAUCGAAAGAAGAGAAAAAUACUGAAAAGGGGGACAAAACUGAAUCUACUUCUGAUGUGACAACAAAUUCAGAAUCGAAGGAAACAACUGAAUCCACUCGAACUGACUCGAAGUCUGAAUCCACAACUGAGUCAUCACAUGAUUCCACAACUGAAUCCACAUCUGAAGCGACAUCUGAAGCGACAUCUGAAGCGACAUCUGAAGCGACAUCUGAAGAAACGACAGUUGCGUCAGAAAAGGAAAAAAGGAAACGACGUAAACGGCAAUCAAUUUUCGGGUUUUAAUUUUAAAUCAAAAAAUAAAGUUUCGUGACCUCAUUCACGACCCAAAU